AUGUCCAAAAGAUACUCGAUAAUGGGUAAAGGGCCAGACUCUCAGACAUCUGACGACAAAGUUGUAAAUCCUUAUGAAGAUCUUAAACGGAAAUCAGAAUUGGAAAAACACAGGAAGGAGCUAUUUCAGAAAUACCACUCACCCAAGAUUAUUAUCGACGACGAUCCGAUUAUCCCCAAGUUUCGAACUCUUGAAAAUUCGAAAAGACAUGCUGACUAUAACAUGAAGUUGGUCGUGGUGGGCGAUGGAGGUUGUGGGAAAACAUGCUUAUUAGUUUCAUAUGUUCAACACAAAUUCCCUGAGAUAUAUGUUCCAACCGUAUUCGAAAAUUAUGUCGCCAGCGUAGCUGCUCCUAACAACAAGUUGAUAGAACUUGCUCUAUGGGAUACGGCUGGACAAGAGGAAUACGAUAGGCUACGUCCAUUAUCUUAUCCAGAUGCUGAUAUUUUAUUGAUAUGUUUUUCCUUGGAUAACAUUACCUCCCUACAGAACGUGAAAGACACUUGGUUUCCUGAAGUUUCUCAUUUUUGCCCUGGGAUUCCUAUUAUACUUGUCGGGACAAAGGCCGAUUUACAUAGUCUGAUCGACUCUGAUUUGCCUAUUCAAGUUGCGACUGACAUAAAUGCCAUUGGCUACAUUCAAUGCUCAGCCAAAACCAUGUUUAACGUUAAAACAGUCUUUAACUUUGCAUUGAAUCAAUUUCAGAAACAGCAGCAGAUGCAGGAGCAGUUAGAUAAGUCUUCGAAAAAGAGAUUAUCGAAGGUGUUAGGUGGUGGACACACAAGAAAUCAAUCUUCUACAUCGAGAGGUCACAAUAAAAAUACAUCCAUAGCAUCGAGCAUACUAUUGGAUACUCCGUUGGCAGAGGACGAAUACCAGUCUAACCCUUACGGCACUUUCAGUCCUAACAAGUAUAAUGAGGAAGAAUUUGCAUUUACUAGAAAGGACGCUGGAAAGAGGAAGAAGAAAAGGAGAUGUAUAAUUUUAUAG